UGAAAUAAAAAAAUUAAUAUAAUAUUCAUCACAGCAAAUAUAAUUUUCAGCACAUAAGAACAGUAAUAGAUUUUUCAUGUCAGCCAAAGGACUUGAACUUUGUAUUACAUCAUCCAUGAUUUUAUCUCUUAUCUUACAUGCUUCGGCAGUUCAAAGACUCUGUUGACAGUGUUACGUCUCCAAUCCCAGAGGAAAGCUUUGCUUUGUGUUUCAUUUUCUCGUAUUUGCCACUGGAGUCUGCUACCUGUUUGUUUAAGUUUCUCUGUUACCCACAAACAUGAACCACCUUUUCAAGAACAAAUCCUAUUAUUUUUACUGUACUCGUUUCAUUUCCUCUAGUUUCAACCGGUUUCUUUUCAAUUUCCCACAAAAUUCCCGCGUUUUGUCUCAUUUUCCUGGGGAUGUUGAGCCUGAAUCAUGGAAAACUACGGAGGGCCUUGUUCGUUGCUCUGCAAAUUUCGUUCCCUUGUCUCCUAUAAGUUUCUUGGAGAGAUCAGCUAAGGUGUAUAGAGACAGGAAAUCUGUUGUUUAUGGUUCUGUUGUGUAUACAUGGAAUGAGACUUAUAAGCGUUGUCUUAGCCUUGCUUCUACUUUGACCCGAUUGGGAAUUUCCAGAGGUGAUGUGGUGAGUAUUCUUCGACCCAAAGGAGUUGUUUAUAAUCACAGGGGUGGAUAUCUCAAUUCUCUUGCUACAGUUUUCCUUCAUGGGAUGGGAGCAAUGCCCGUUUACCUUUGGACUGUGCCUAUGUUUCACUGCAACGGAUGGUGCCUUACUUGGGGAAUUGCAGCUCAAGGUGGCACUAACAUAUGCCUCAGAAAAGUCUCUCCAAAAGGCAUUUUUGACUGCAUAGCAGAGCACAAAGUGACACACAUGGGAGGAGCUCCAACUGUAUUGAACAUGAUUGUGAAUUCUCCGGUUUGUGAUCGAAAACCACUUCCUCACAAAGUGGAAGUAAUGACUGGGGGUGCGCCACCACCCCCUCAAAUCAUUUUCAAGAUGGAAGAGUUGGGUUUUGGUGUAUCCCACUUGUAUGGCCUUACAGAAACUUAUGGUCCAGGAACUUAUUGUGCAUGGAAACCUGAAUGGGAUUCUCUGUCUCAUAAUGAGAGAGUAAAGUUGAAAGCUCGACAAGGAAUUCACCAUCUUGGUUUAGAGGACGUUGACGUAAAAGAUCCUAUCACUGAAGAAAGUGUACCGGCCGAUGGUAAAACAUUAGGAGAGAUUAUGUUCAGAGGAAACACUGUAAUGAGUGGGUACUUCAAAGACUUGGAAGGAACAAAGGUAGCUUUCAAAGGUGGAUGGUUUCGAAGUGGGGAUCUAGCUGUGAAACAUUCUGAUGGUUAUAUAGAAGUAAAGGACCGGUUGAAGGAUAUUAUAAUUUCUGGCGGAGAAAAUAUAAGCACAGUUGAAGUAGAAACAGUUUUAUACGGCCAUCCUGCAAUUCUUGAAGCCGCAGUAGUUGCAAGACCAGAUGAUCAUUGGGGACAAACACCUUGUGCAUUUGUGAAGCUAAAAGAGGGAUUUGAUGCAACCGAGCAAGAUAUAAUUAAGUUUUGCCGAGAUAAAUUGCCUCAUUAUAUGGCUCCUCGAACUGUAAUUUUUGAGGAUUUGCCAAGAACCUCAACUGGGAAGGUUCAAAAAUUUAUUCUGAGGGAGAAAGCAAAGGCUAUGGGCAGCCUUUCUUGA